CGCGUUCAUAAACUUUAUUUUGCCUGAUAUAUAUUAUAAUAUUAAGUAGAUUUAUUACGUGCUGGAGUUGCCGAGUUUUAGCUGAGCUAGCAAAGAAGAAUUGUUGGCUAAUUUAAUUUUUCUUUUAGAAAAAGAGGUAUUAAUAAUACCGAAAUUAAAUUUAUCUUUUCAUAAAAUUGAAAUAUUUUUUCUAAUUCGACUUAAUUGCAUAACUUAAAACACUCGACUCAAUUGAAUGAGAAGAAAAAUGGCGAAUCAAUUGAGCGUUUCCUCCAUCAUCGUCUUCAUCUUUAUGGCGAUGACCAACUUCAACAAUGUCGUCCAGUGUCUUGUUGACCCAAUCUUCUCAGCCAACUUAACUUCUACUUACUGCAACCAAUCCGUCGAUAUCCCGACCACUAUCAAUCCAUCCUUUCAUCCUAAUGUAACGAAUUCUACAACUUUAUGCCUGGCAAAUAGGGCCAACACAAUUGCCGUCCGUUCCUUCAACAAUGCAGACCUAUCACCGACUAAUUUCACGGGAAUGAUCAUUGAAGUGAAAAAAGAUGUCAACGACGCUGCCAUCUAUGGAGAUUUUUACGACCACCCAGACUAUUUUCUCAAUGUAAAAUGCAACGGCGUGAACAAGACCAUUUACGUGAUGUCAUCUGUAAAGACAAGUUCAUUUCAAUUGACCUUCAUCCCCAACGAACUUGCUCUCAAUACUGUCGGUCUCAAUAUCUAUUUUACAGGUUACGACGAAAAAAACAACACCAUGGCAAAUUUCCCCAUCCCGUUGAGACUCUGCAACCCGCCCACAACAACUGCACCUACUACAACUGCAGCAACAACAACCACCACGAAGACGACAACUACAACUACUACAAGCUCUUCGAGCGUGUCGAACUCAUCCGGACUUAAUGUCUUCAAUUUAAAAAUCUUCCUUUCGGGUUUCUGCUUGCUCUUCGUGAAAUGUCGUCUCACAUUUUAACGAAAUCAUUUCGAGAAUACUGGAAGGAGUAUUUGAAAGUUGGAAUUUUAUUGAAUGAUUCUGGAAUAAAUCUUCUGUUUUUGAUGUUUAGACGAAUGUUAUUUGCAAUGAAAAACAAGUAUAAACAAUGAAAUAUAAAUACUUCUCUUUUGAACUUAUUAGGUAGUUUUAAUUUUUUAUAAUUAGAAUUUACACACAUAUUACUCACGCACUCACACAAAAACACACACACACACCCUCAAAAACACACACACACGUGCACACACACAUACACGUGCACACGAUUUCGGUAGUAACUAACUAUCAAGGCACAUUGUUCAAAAGGUGAUUACAUUUUUAAUUCUGUCCUAAAUCAAAGUUUCCAAAUUUAUGCAUUUAAAUUUUACUUAUGUAUUUAUCUUUUAAACUUUUCUUAUAUUUGUUUAUCAUGUAUAUUUUGUUUCUGUUCAUUCAAAUACUAUUAGAAAAUGGCAUAUAUAACU